UGGAGUUGCUUCUUUAAGUUUACUAUAAAUGUUGAAGUAUACUUUAAAGAGAACGGGACCAGAAGAACGGAAAUGAUGAUCACCGUCGUACUUUUGGCUGUGAUUUCAUCCAUUUUUUCAAUCACUCUGUCAACAAGCGAACUGUGUUCAUGUCCAGACAAGGAUGAGCCUGUUUGCGGAGAAAAUGGCCUCACCUAUACCAAUGCUUGUUUAAUGAAAUGCGACGGAGUGGCAGCGGCCCAAGACCCGAUGCUCUGCUGUACGUGUGAUCUCACUUAUAACCCUGUGUGUGGAACAAAUGGCAAAUCUUACGGGAACCGGUGUAUGGCAUCUUGCGUAGGAGUGCGGAUGAACCAUGAGGGUGAAUGCCUACGCUACACCACUGUAUCCCCCUGUCCUGACGUCUACGAGCCGGUCUGUGGGGCGGAUGGGAUGACCUACUACAAUCCAUGCAAGGCUGUCCAAGCGAAGGCAAUAAUCAUAUCCAAUGGUGAAUGUCCGCGGAAUUGUGUUUGUCCGGACCACUACCGCCCAGUGUGUGGGAGCGACGGUGUAACUUAUCCCAACCGAUGCGUGGCUGGCUGCAUCAAUGGAAUUUAUAAUUUCCAAGUUGGAGAAUGUCAACAGAGAGGGACAGAGAAGGGAACACAAAGCAACAGUCUUCUGGACCGGAUUCUGAAUUCUCUACCUAUUGAUAUCAUACAAAGCUAGAGAAAGGAUGUCAAGCAAGAGACCAGAAAUACCGUAUAUAAAUCUUACCCUGAUUUCGAUACCAAAGGCAUUCGAGAUUUCGAUGUUCGAGAUUAAGAUAGUCAGCCUGUACUAUGUUGAUAAAUUUUAUAAAAUUUGAUUGAUGUAUAUACAAUUGUAGUCAUUUUCAUCGAAUUAAAUU